AUGGCCUUAUUCACACCCACUAACCAAAAACGGUUGACCAACGUAUCCGUGGUUCGCCUAAAGAAAGGUGGUAACCGUUAUGAACUUGCUUGCUAUCCAAACAAAGGCGUGGCGAGACCGAUUGUAGGUUUGUACCGUGGUGAGCUAAUCAUCCAUUACAUUAGGGAGACAAAUCUGGACGAAGUAUUGCAAAUUCAGUGUGUGUUCACCAAUGUCUCCAAGGGACAAUUUGCUAACAAGAAGGAAAUGUUCCAAGUGUUUCGGACGGAAAACGAAAUCGAUAUAAUCAAGUUGAUUCUUGAACAGGGUGAACUUCAGCUGACAGAGAAAGAACGGUCUGUAGAACAGCAAAGUUUAUUUCGUGAUGUAGCAAAAAUGGUGUCAGAACGGUGUGUGAACCCAGAGACCAAUAGGGCCUACACCGUCACCAUGAUUGAGAAGAUGAUGAAAGACUGUCACAUCUCGUUGAAGGCGAACAAGACUGCAAAGCAGCACGCUCUUGAAGUGAUCAAACAUUUGCGUUCAACCGAUGGAUUUAAAAUCGCUCCGGCUAUGAUGGAGGUGGUCGUAUCGAUCGACAGUGCUGUGUUACCUUCGGUGAAGGAUAGUGUACUACAGCUGUGCACUGAUGUAAUUCGUCAAGGACAGAAUGCCGACACGGGCAAUUAUGAGCUGACUGUCGUUAUUGAACCGGAAAAAUACGGUGCUAUCGAGUCUCUCCUCCACUCGGAAAUCAAAGGGAAGUACUGCAUCGAAAUUGUGGGUAACACCAAGCAUGUAACUCACCGUCCGGCUACCAAAGCAGCCAGUGAUGUUCCCCCGAGCAGUGUGUCAAACCCAUGUGAAUGUCCUCCAGUCGCCCCGGUCGAAAGCCAACUACCCGUUGAUGGUGAUGCUAAACCGAACGCGAGUCAGGCCUGUGCUGUCGAAGAAUCCUCCUGUUCGGCUCCGGUUCCAGAACUUAAAUCUGCUGUGAACCGGCCCAAGAAGCCCCAACGUCGCAAAAAACGUGGGAAGGGAAAGUCUCGAGAUGAUGAUGAUUGGCCAGAUGACUGAGAGCAAUGAGGCACAUCCAGUGAACCCAGCCACGUGCCUGCAAUAUUCUUCCAAGAUGUUCACACCCACACAAACCAACGGUUAUGCAAUCUGGUUGGUGCUUCCCGAGGUCAUGAAGAUACUUACUUCUGCGCACUUCUCAUGCCUAUUUGCCAGUGACUUUUUUAUUUGAAAUACAUGCAUUGAUCUAUGUGGUAUA